GAUUCCCGCGCGGUUUCCGCACGUCACAGCGCGGGGAAAGCCCCGCGCGCCGCCGCUUUUAGCGCCGCGCUCCGCCCCGCCCGCCCGCACUCAGCGACCGCCGCCGCGCCGUGUCGUGCCGUGCCGUGCCGUGCCGUGCCGUACCCCGCCGCGUCGUGCCCCGCCGCCGCGAUGAUGCCCGGCAGGACCGUGCGCAAGGCCGCGCCGCCCGCCGCUGCCGCAGAGCGGGCGGCGGUGGCGCAGUGCGCCCUGGAGCUGCGCAGGAUAGGGGACAAGUGGGACCUGCGACAGAAGAUACUGAACCUCCUGAUGAAGCUGUUCUGCCCCGAAACGUGAGCUCCGGCGGAGCCGGCGCGCUGGAAAGCAGGGGAAGACCUUGGCUGGCUCUGUGGGUUUGGAAGGAGAGACUUCACUGACACUGGGAGACGAAGAAAGCUCUUUGCCUUCUAUUUUGCUGCCUAUAGCCGCUCAAGGAUGGCUGUCACAACGUUUCUUCUAAGGAAUGUUACAGGAACACUGGCAUCUGAAUGCCAGGUGGAAAAAAAAAACACAAAAUGGGAGAGUGAUGGGCAGAGCCCCUCACCUUGCAAUGGGGAGACCUGGGGCAAGACAGAACUUGCCCUUGAGCCUGGUCUGAGACUUCCAGCAGCCUGACUUCCCCAGUCGCCCUUUGGUCCUCGUGUCCCACAGCUACAUUUCACCCAGGAGCUCAGACCACCUUAGGGAAGAAGCCAAAAAAAGCAUCAGUGUCUUGGAACUUGGGAUUGCGUACCACGAGGCAAAAGCCACUGCUCGGUUUCUGACUGCUCGUGUUCUGUAAAGCAUGGAUUCAGCUGGACAGGGAUCUGGUGGUGGGAUUAUUUCAUCUGUCUUAUAAGCAAACCACUCUCUUCUAUUGAGAGGUUAUUUGUUACAGGAUGUUGCUUUGUGGACUACAAUUUACAAUUCUAUGAAUCAACACAGUGUUGCAUACUUCUAGUUUGUAUUAUAUAUAAGUGUGUAUGUGUAUAUUUGCAUAUAUAUUUUAUAUAUGAAAUAUAUAAUUAUGUGCACCCCAUGUGUAUGACUUGAGUAUUUCACAGAAAUAUUAAAUGCUACUUGUUUAGGCUUAAAAUGCCGUAUGAAAAAAUGUUCAAAACAUGACAUAAAAAUACAUUAUAUUAGCUAGAAGAAAGCAUAAUGUUUUCUGAUAAUAAAGGAAAUACAUCAUGCAUCAGAGAGGGGAGCAUGUUUAUAUGUAUAUAUAUUACACAAAUGCAGAUAUCAAGGUACAUGUGGUGGAAGGAUUCUUUCAAUAUUACAAAGAAUUUCUUGAGAACAGUAAAAUACUGCUAUGUCUUUAUAAGUAUAUUUAUAAGUAACAAAAUAACUCUUCAGUAUGAAUCCAAGUUGAAUCUCAAUUUUUAUUGAGAAUUUUAUUUAUUCAAAGAAAGCAACUACCUCUCUUUGAAGAAAUAAUAUCAAUAGAAUUGAAUGCUACAGUCAGUACAGGAAAGUAGCCGGGGAUUUCUCAGUGUUUAACUACUCUUUUAAGUGAAGGUUCUCAUGUACUUUUUAUUUCCAUUUCAUUUCAUGGCAACCUCAUUUCAGUUCCAGAUUGAUGAAGCCGCUGUAGCCCAUCCAACGGAAGGUGAUGCAUUAUGCCUGUCUCACUGAGGGGUUAUUACCCUUGGUUGGCUUCAGAGGAGCUGAAUUAAGCAUGUUGAUCGCCUUCAAGGCAAACUAACUCUUGCUAGUAAAUUCAUGUCAGACAUGAUCCUAAUCAGUAAUUUUUCAUGGAUGGAAGCUAACAAGAAAAUGGUUGAAGCUGAUCAUGUUUUGUAGCUACAUCGUAAGGUCAGGGGUCAGAGUUCCUUCUCUUAACUAACCUUAUGUGUAAGAACAUUUGCAUUGUAUAAGGCUGAAUUGUUGCCUUAUACAAUGCAAAUGUACUUAACAUACAAGGUUAGUUAAAAUUAUGGGUUUUAUUGCCUCAAAAUUCUUGUUUGCAUUAAUAAUUAUUUUUUUUUGUUAGCUCUUCUGAAUCUGCCUUUGCAAAAUUGUUAUUACAUCACUCUGGUCACUGUCACAACUAACUGUGUAUGGCUGCUACCUAUGUCACUGAUUUCACAAAACAGAAGAUGACUGACUUUGCCUGCCUGUCCGCAUGGAGGACUUAACCCCAUCCCAGUGGCAUUACUGCGAGCUUUGCCAUUUACUUGAGCUACGAGCGUGGUUCGCUGCUCCUCGAAGCUACCUAACUUUAUCUGAGAAUGUUUCAAUAACAUCUUAGUUGUUUUUCAUCUUAGUACUGCAAAGUUAUGUGUUUUGCUGACAUGCACAGAGGUUGGUUUUUCAGGUAUUAAAAAGUGCAAAGACUUUCUGUUUGGCUAAACACCAGCUCCCAUGCUAGUGCUGCGUGCAACUUGGCAAAGCUGUACAUCCAGAAGUAGCCCUGACUUCAGCAGAAGGGCUCCUGCUGUAUGUCCUGGGCUUGGUGGAGUCUUGGAGUCUUCAUCAAGGACACUAAACAAUGAUCGUGCCUGUCUGGGACUCUCAGGAAUACUCGGCAAUCGCAUUCGCAUUAGUAGCAGAUAUGUAUUUCAAUAUAAGUGGUCUGCUCAAUGUACACUUAAAUGCAAUAGUAAAUGAGGUGCAGGCUUUGUAGAGCCUGCCCAGUUCUUCAGGCGUUAGCAUACACUGAUGUUAUGAAAAUAAAAUGUGCCCAUAAAUGCACUGUCACGGGGAUAUCUGCGUUAAGUAUUAGCAUAGUAUUUUUCUGUCUAGAUCUGCAAACACUAUUUGCUUUUUGUGAAAUGUUUCUGUGUUUCUCUGAGCAUUGUUAAAAGUGCUAGCAUUCACCGUGAGCUCAGGAGGAAGACCUAGAUCCAAGCCAUCAGUGCCAGCAUAUGAGCAAGCACUUGCUGAUGGUCCUCCCUGGGAUUCCUUUUGUUACUUGCGCAAAGGCUCUGCUAUGUAACUGUCAAGACAAGUUAGGCUUAUUCUGGAUACGGGCCAGAUGUUUUGCUGUAUGCCCUAUGCAUUGAAUUCUUGCUUAGAUAAUAAAUACAAUGUGUUUGUGAGAAAAA